GGUGCGCCUGCGCACGGACGAACACGUGGCUGCCGCGGACCCAGAACAGCAAUGGCGGCGGGUGGUGGCGGUAGCUGCGACCCUCUGGCCCCUGCGGGGGUCCCCUGCGCCUUCUCCCCUGACAGACAGGCCUACUUCGCUUUGGCCUCUACCGACGGUCACCUGAGAGUGUGGGAGACAGCCAACAACCGACUGCAUCAGGAGUACGUGCCUUCCGCGCACCUCAGCGGUACCUGCACCUGCCUGGCCUGGGCGCCAGCGCGGCUGCAGGCCAAGGAAAGUCACCAGAGGAAAAAAAGGAAAUCAGAAGCUGUAGGAACGAGUGACCAGAUUGACUUGUUGGCUCUUGGUACAGCAGUUGGUAGCAUUUUGUUGUACAGUACAGUAAAAGGAGAAUUACAUAGUAAAUUAAUAAGUGGUGGACAUGACAACAGAAUCAAUUGUGUACAAUGGCAUGAAGACAGUGGCUGCUUAUAUAGUUGUUCAGAUGAUAAAUAUAUUGUGGAAUGGAACGUACAGACAUGCAAAGUGAAGUGCAAAUGGAAAGGUGACAAUAGCAGCGUCACUUCCCUGUGUAUCAGCCCAGAUGGAAAAAUGUUGCUUUCAGCUGGUCGAACAAUCAAACUAUGGGUUUUGGAGACCAAAGAAGUCUACAGACACUUCACAGGACAUGCGACACCAGUUUCAUCACUUAUGUUCACUACUAUCAGACCUCCUAAUGAGAGCCAGCCCUUUGAUGGAAUUACAGGUCUUUAUUUCUUAUCUGGAGCAGUGCAUGACCGGUUACUUAAUGUCUGGCAGGUCCGAUCAGAAAACAAAGAAAAAAGUGCAGUGAUGUCUUUUACGGUCACUGAUGAACCUGUCUAUAUUGACUUGACUUUGUCAGAAAAUAAAGAGGAGCCUGUCAAGUUAGCUGUUGUUUGCAGAGAUGGUCAGGUCCAUCUUUUUGAACACAUAUUAAAUGGACACUGCAAAAAGCCUUUGACUUCAAACUGUACAAUUCAGAUAACAACACCUGGGAAAGGCAAGAAAUCAACACCAAAACCCAUCCCUAUUCUAGCAGCUGGCUUUUGCCCAGACAAAAUGUCAUUGUUGCUUGUAUAUGGCAAUUGGUUUCAGCCUACUAUUGAGCGAGUGGCUUUAAACUCCAAAGAAACUCAUAUGUGUUUAGUAAGAGAUAUUUCAAACUGCUGGGCCCCAAAAGUAGAAACAGCCAUAACAAAGGUGAGAACACCAGUGAUGAAUUCUGAAGCAAAAGUUCUGGUGCCUGGGAUUCCUGGGCAUCAUGCUGCUAUCAGACCUCCUCCACCAACCAAGGAAGUAGAGACCAAGAGGAAAUUAGGAGGAAAUGAGGUUAGCAUUGAAGAACGUCUGGGAGCAAUGGAUAUAGAUACAAAAGAAGAAAAAGAUGACCUUUUGCAGACGAAUAGCUUUCCAGUUCUUCUCACACAGGGUUUAGAAAGUAAUGAUUUCGAAAUGCUAAAUAAAGUACUCCAAACUAGGAAUUUAAACCUGAUAAAGAAGACUGUGUUAAGGAUACCCUUGCAUGCUGUUAUUCCAUUGUUGCAAGAGCUUACAAAGAGGUUGCAAGGACAUCCUAAUAGUGCUGUUUUAAUGGUUCAGUGGUUGAAAUGUGUGUUAACGGUUCAUGCAUCAUACCUAUCCACAUUGCCUGAUCUGGUACACCAGCUGGGGACACUGUAUCAGCUAAUGGAAAGCAGAGUCAAAACUUUUCAGAAACUUUCACAUCUUCAUGGAAAGCUUAUCCUUCUAAUCACACAGGUUACAGCGUCAGAGAAAACAAAGGGAAUGACUUCCCCUGGACAGAAGGCAAAGUUGGUGUAUGAAGAAGAGUCUUCUGAAGAGGAGUCUGAUGAUGAAGUAGCAGAUAAGGAUUCUGAUGAUGACUGGGAUGAAGAUGAGGAACAGAAAGAAAGUGAAAAAGAUGAGGACAUUGAUGAAGAGAAUGAGGAGGAAGAUGAAGAUGCUGAAGAAAAAGAAGAAAAUGGUGAGGACAGAGAUGGGGCAAGUGAAAAAGAAUUAAAUGGAGAUUCUGAUUUAGAUCCUGAAAAUGAAAGUGAAGAGGAGUGAAGACAGAAGAGCAAGCCAGUCAGACUGUGAACCCUGACUCACCUUGCCCACUGCUGCGGAGUCCUCCUAGGGAGGGUUGUCCCCGUGCCAGGACGCCAAGGACCGCUGCACAUUUCCACAUUCACAGCGGCGAUUCCCAUGCCACCUUGCUGUCCUGAGUGCCCCAGACUUUUAACUGUGUAAAUAAGAGUGUUUCAUUCAAAUGUUAAUAAACUUUACACAGUAAAUAGACACAUUUUCUGCAAUGUACUGACAUGAGUGUCCAAUAUAUGGUAUAUUUUUAUAAUAUAAUAUCUUAAUAUGAUUGGUUAUGUCAGGAAUUGACUUAAGUGAAGACAGACAUAUCCCACAGGGUUUCAGAAACUGGACGCUUGUGAAUGAGUCAGCUCUUCUCUCAGGUUGGUAUCCUUCAUCAAAUCCAUAUGUGAAGCAGCACAGUGAAAAGUUUUUAAUUUGGUACAUUUUAAUAAAAUAUGAAGGAAUAACUAAAAA